AUGAAGAACAUCCUGCUCCGCGCUCACCUUUUCGACAUUGCGGUCCUUCCUGCUUCGACACACGCCUCAGAGACUCAGCCUCUACGAAAGCAGGAUGAGCAUACAAUUAGCGUCAUUCAACGCCUUUUGGGUAGAACUUUGAAUUUCUUUACAGACGCAAGUGCAGAAGGGAACCGGGAAUUCCGAGCUCCGCCAACGAACGAAGAUUUGGGAUGCCGUUGCCUACGCCAAGAAAUCGAAGAUCAGGUGGCGGACAUGUUACGCAAUAUUGUGAUGGACCACCCCGCUUACGGGCUGGAUUUCUAUGGACGUCAAAGGAACACCAGGAGAGUUGCGAUGGUCAGAUUUCUUCACGAAAGCUUCGAACGAAAAGAAUGUUUUGUCGGUGUCCUGGAGCAAGUACGACUCACUGGACUACUUCGGCUCGCGACAGGGACAAAUGAAGACGUUACUGGGGCCGCUCGAGAAAAUCGAUGA